AUGUGCUUCUUCAGUGAGGACGAGGACGAAUUUUUGUUCCCACGCCACAAACUGUUGCGCCGUUGCUCAAGUUUCAUGAAGAAGGAUCCGAUUGGGAAGAAGGUAUCUGGUGGUCGCGUUCAAAUAAAGAGCACGGAAGGCAGUCCUAAGCCUGCUCCUGUGGAAUCCCCACCAGGACUACAAGAUCUGUUUCUGGUAGAUCGAUGCGAACUUUCCCUUGACGACUGGUGCACUCAUUUGUUCUCCACCCAAAGGAUUCUGAGCCCUUCAUCGGAGCGAGCUACGGGCAGGUGGCCGGUCGUCCCGCCACUGGAGGGUAAUUGGACAAAAUCUCUUCGUUGGAACAAUAUUCCCGAUCCUUUAAAUGGCGAACUGUUUAUUGAGGUUUCUGAAGUUGAUGAGAAUGAAAUAAAGCCUUUUGUCGAGAGCUUGUCCAGUUGUCCCAAACACGGUCUGCACAAUCCAUUCAAAGCAUCUGAGAGGUACGUGAUGCUUGGAGACGUAACCACAAAAGCAGCUCAUAAACUAUCACUGCCUGAGAUUUCUGAAUUCUUUGCCAAGUUGAAACAAAGGGUGUCUACGAAGAGUUACCAACAAGCUUUUGCUGAAGUUUAUGUCACGCAGAAGUUUCUGGAAAAUUUCUGUGGCGAUCAGGUUCGUUUUCUGGCUAGGUCAUUUGUUGUUCCAGAUAAUCAUCUUGGUCAGCAGAGCUAUGGCUUCCGGUGGUCUUAUGGUCCGAUUGACAUGCUAAACGAUGACAAGUACGAUCGGGUUAAAGGCUUGUUGGUGAAAGAGAUGGCGUUCUCCAAGGCUUUUGAUUUUGCAUUAUCGAUGCAAAUUGUCAUCACCAGAAGCCCUCCUCACCCGAGGCAUCGCCGCUGCUUCUUUAACCAGAGAGGUAAGAAUGUCCCCAGAGGCUUUCCCGUCGUACCAGGAUCUUGGCGUUCACAAGACAAGUCACCUGAUCAAACUGCUAGGCGCCGCUUCAUCGGAGUUCCUGGAUCUUUCUGCCUCCCGGAGGCACAUUUGGUGCUGACUCUCUCAUGGUGUGAUUCAAAGCUACAAUCUUGUGGUGAAGCCUCGCUACCGGAUUAG